UUCAAGAUUGCUGUGGCAUUUUGUUCCUAUGUUAGCUUGAAUCACUGUCCAGAAAGAGCAAUUGCUUCAGUUCCAGCCCUUGUACAAACUCAACAAACAGAUCGGGAAGUAUGGCAUUGACAACUUGUCUGGAAUGGACGCAAGAAAAGAAACUGCAAAAUUAUUUUGGAGGAAAACAAUUUAGUCUUCUUAAUAAGGUUACUGCCCAAAGUAUUCCUCGUGAUUUGCUUGCUGGAUGCAAUGAUCAAGGACCUGCUUUAAUACUAGUUCAUUGCGGAAAUCGUGUUUUGGGGGCACAUAUACGGGAAGGCUUUCAGCAAAAUCGUAAAGUGCCCAUCGUCAUUUUUUUCUUUCAUGAGACUACAAUUUCAGAAUGCAAAAUAGGAUGUCAUAAAACUUCCUAUUUGUUUGUUGAUAAUAAUAAGGAUUACCGGAUACCUGAAUUCUGCAUACAUUUAGGUAGACAAGAGCUGAUUAUAAAUGCAAAUACAAUGGAAAAACUUGGGCUUCCUCAAGAGGAAGCUCUUUCUAUUCAAGAGUGUGGAGUUUUUCGAAUUGAAGAUAUACUAAGUGAAAGGAGAAUGAAAAAUGUCACUGAGCUCAGGGAGAGUUUAUUGUCUGCGAUAAGGACUUACCAGCCAUAUGGAAAUCUGGUUCACCAAAUGCGAAUUCUGUUGUUGGGUCCAACUGGAGCUGGGAAGUCUAGCUUUGUCAACUCAGUGAAGUCUGUUUUCCAAGGUCGUGUAACCCACCAGGUUUUGGUUGGCUCUGAUCCAAGUGGAACAUCAAAGAUGUACAGGACAUAUUCCAUUAAGGAAGGAAAAGAUGGCAACCUCCUGCCAUUUAUUCUGUGUGACUCAAUGGGACUGUGUGAGGAAGGGGAAGGACUGCAUAUGGAUGACAUAGUCUCCAUCUUAAAAGGCCACGUUCCUGACAGAUAUCAGUUUAAUCACACUAAACCAAUUACACCAGGGCACAGUGACUAUAUUAACAACCCUUCACUGAAGGACAGAAUCCACUGUGUGGCAUUUGUAUUAGAUGCCAACUCUGUUGAACACUUGUCUCAUGAAAUGAUGGCAAAGAUUAAACAAAUUCGAAGGGAUGUGAUAAAGUGUGGUGUGGUACAUAUGGCUUUGCUCACGAAUGUGGAUAGCUUGGAUCUGAUUACAGAGAAUGACCUUGUAGACAUACACAAAUGUGUGCCUGUGAAGUCUAAGGUACACACCGUCCACAAAGAACUUGGAUUUGCUCUCUCUGAUAUCUUGGUGGUCAGUAAUUAUUCCUCAGAGUGGGAGCUGUACUCUCCAAAGGAUGUUCUGAUCCUUUCUGUGUUGAGAGAGAUGCUGUGGGCUGCAGAUGACUACUUGGAGGACUUAACUUGUGAUGACGAAGGAAUCGGCCCUCUGGCUAGUGGCUAUUCCUCUUAAUACUGCAUGGUCUGUGCUAGGGACAGGCACAUGCCUUUUGUGUCUAUGGCUUUAGAAUUUAGUAUUACCUAUAUUUUUUAUUAUCACCUGUGAGCAACAUGCACAGCUCUAUUCUCCAAAUAAGACUGAAGUGGUCUAACUUGAGGUUAUAGGUCCACCCAAGGAGCAAUCACUUUAUCCAAAAGUUAAAGAAAAUAUUAUCAGCCUAUUGUAGAAUAUUCCUAUCCAGGGAGGGUGACUUAUUACUAGUAGAAGAGAAUUAAUCAGCGACAUGGCCGUUAUUGGAAUGACUGAACCAGAGAGACACAAUGAUAUAUACCUUAUAUAUUGGGAAGGUUUUUUUAAAAAAUCUAAUUCUGUAUUUACAUUAUGAAGUUUGAUAAAGAAAACGUACUAAUCUAAAAUAGUUAGCAAUCAAAAUUUAAAAGUUUUUUGUUAAAGUGCAGUAUACAUAUAAAAAAUAGAUUUUGUUCAUAAGUAUAUGGCCCAAUACAUUUUGACUAACUGAAAAAACUAGAAGCACAACUCAAGAAUCAGGCCAUCAUCAGCAUCUUGAAGUCCUCUUUAUGAUGCUGUUUAGUAUUAUUUAGGAAACCAACUAUCUUGACAUCUGAUUACAUAGAUUAGUCUUUACUGUUCUUAUCCCUUAUAUAAAUAUAAUUAUAUACUAUAUGCUCCUUUGGGUCUGACUUUCAGGGGAGAAUGCAUUUAUUUGCUGAUUUACACUAUUGAAAUAAAGAUUACUUGUUCUCAUUUAUCUUCUUGAUGGACAUUUAGAUAGCUACCAGUUCGGGGCUAUUAUCAAUGGCCCUACACUAAAUCUUCUGGAACAUGCCUGUUGGGGAAAUAUGGAAACAUUUCUGUUGGGUAUAUAUCUAGAACUGAAUUGUUGUAUCAUAGAGUAUGUGUAUGCUUAGAUUUCCUAGUAUUGCC